AUGGUGGUGGCGGCGGAAGAGGAAGAAGAAGAAGAAGAACCUGAUGAACAACAGGACAAUGAUGAAGCAGAAGAAAGACAAGAAGCAAAAGGUGAUCAACCAGAAGACACUGAUGAAGAAGAAGACCAACAACAAGAGCAAGAAGAACAACAAACAAACCAACAACAAGAAGUCAAUGAACAAGAAUUGACAAACCAACAAGAAGAACUCCAAGAGAAAUUUGACAUAUUUCAUGCACAAGGUCAUGACCAACCACAAACACCAACCAAAGUGGACGACAAGGACAAGCUCAUAUCAGCCAUGAGAGCACAAAUGCAAGAUAUGGAACAAAAAUUCAUGGCUGAAUUGCGUAAAAAAGAAGAUCAAUUGAAAGAAAUGUCCACCAAAAAAACUGGCAAUCCCCAACAAAGAUCAAUGGUCAAGAGAAUCAAACAAAAGUCAAGAAAACAAGCACAUGACCCAGAUUUUAAAUACCAACCAAUGACAAAAGCCAAAGAAGAUACAAGGAACAAGACACAAACUGCUGCUGAUGUACCCAAACCAACAGAGGGUACCGAUGAAGAAAAAGAGAAGAAGAAUGAAAAGAAAAAAGAAGAAAUCGAAACAGAAACAGAACCUGCUACUGAACUCGAGCAAAAAGAGGGUGCUCAUGAAGCAAAACAACAGCAGAAAGAAAAGAUGCAAGAAUAUAUUGGCCAAGAGAAAACAGUUGCUGCUGAAACCAACCCAAAAGAGCAUGCCAAUCAAGAGAAGACACAACUUCAAGUAUUGGAAAGUGAUGAUGAUUUCAAGGAAGAAUCAAUCCAAAACAAGCCACUCACCAUUUCAUGCCGCAAAACAAACAAGGUCAUUGAUGCCUUCUCAGAAAAGCAAUUGGCACUCCAACCAACCAUUGAAGAAUUUGAGAAAAAUGAUCUAGCCUUUACAAGAAAUCCAUACGCGGGAAGAUCUUACGUUUUCUCAACACUCAUCAAUGUAAGCAAAACUUAA